AUGUACGACGAUGUUCAACUCUCCCCUCAGGAUCCAGUACAUGGCACGGAGAUCAACCUCAUCGACCCGUCCUUGACGCAGAUUGGCGGCUUAGCACCCGACGCCUGUCUUGAAUCAUCUAUCGCGGACAAGGCCAUUUCCAACUCCCCAUUGCACGACAGUGAUGGCCAAUCGGUUUGCGAAAGCCCUCAUUCCCACCAGCAAUAUGUGCAGCCUGGAGAAGUUUCGAAAGCGCCAUCUCCAAGGGCCACGAUUGGAGACCGGAGGAGCCAAAGAUCCAGUUUCACUCGUGAAGACAAUUCCGCGAGCGUUCCUGCCGCCUUGAAAUUGAAUAUCAACCUCAAUACCAAUGGAUCAAGCAGAGCCCACAACGGGAUUUUCAAGACCCCUGCAACAGACCCUUUGGACCCCGAGGUCAUAAGCACCAACUCGAUCCCUUGCGCUUCGGACGAGACUAUUCUUAGGAGUCAACCUGCCAACAAGGACUCAGCUCAGGAGGAGCUGAUCUUCAACCAGCCUCUUCCCGCAUCUCCAAACAAGAGUCUGAGUGAGCAAGCCAUGUUUGACUUUCUCUCAAAAAUGCCUAAGAAUGUCAUCGAGACAUUCAUGAAGUCUCAAAUAGAGACGCCUCUUCAGAGAUCUACAUCGACGACAAAUGGCAGUGCUGACGGCCAGCAUCGGUGUUCGGACCCCGGCUGUGGCAAAGUGUUCAACCGCAAGUGUGAACUCAAGUACGUAUUAAUCCUGUUAUCCCGCAUGUCUAAGUCGUUAACCAAGGAAUAG